AUGAAUACCACCUCACCGAAAUCGUCCCUAGCGAAGCUGGGUCUUCACCCGAAAGCGAAACCAUUCCGAGUGAUGGUGCUUGGCCAGAGUGGCGUCGGGAAAACAGCGAUGGUUGUGCGGUUCAUCACCAAGCGCUUCAUUGGCGAGUACGAUCCAAACCUGGAGAAGGUCUACACAUUCAACACCCUGAUCGACAACGAGUUCGUCCUGUUCGAAAUACUAGACGCGGCCGGACAACCGAACGAAGCGGACUGCCUGACGCUCGAGGCAAACAUUCGCUGGGCCGAAGCGUUCAUCCUGAUGUACUCGGUGGCGGACAAGUGCAGCUUCGACGAGUGCAACCGGCUGAAGUUCCUCAUCAACUACAACAAACGGCGCCGCCGGCUCGGGUCCUACAACAAGGACCCGCUGCUGGACGUACCGGUCAUACUGGUGGGCAACAAGAUCGACCAGACGGGCGACCGGAUGGUCAGCACCGAGGAGGGCCAGCGACGGGCGAAGGAGAUCGCGUGCGCCUGCUUCCACGAGGUGUCGGUGCGCGAGAGCAUCGAACAGGUGAACGGCGUGUUCCGGGACGCGUGCCGCUUCUGGCGCGUGCUGUCCCGCUACCCGAAGCUGAAGCGAUCCACCAGCGACGUCCACGACCUGCACUCGGAGGUCGAGCUCAUCCUCAGCCCGGACAGCGUCCAUCCGUUCUGCAACUGUGAUCUCAGCCACGAGAAGCGCCAAUCCAUCGUCAUACUCGGACGCCCGUGGACGGAGGAGGAACCGGACGAGACGGACGAGUCGGAGUCAAGCUGCUGUUCGUCGCAAAAGUCCGACAUCGAGGAACCAUUCCGUGGACGGGCGUCCACCGACGGAACGCUGCUUUCCCGACCGCGCCGAUGGCGCUUCGCCCCGCCCGGCUCCCUCAUGCCGCACGUUGGUCGCGUCGAGCGUCGCAUGAGUAUUUCGAUGCGGGGCAGCAACGCCAGCUACUAGAGGGCACGGGCCGUCGGGGCCAACCAUGAUUCAUGUGUGUUGUGACGAAGUGGGGGACACCAAAAGCACCUCCCGCGCUCUC